AAAAUCAAGCAAGAUAUAAACAGAUCAAUUUUUGAAAGGCCCACUAUUUUAUGUCAAUUAUACAAAUAGCCCAAUUGUAAAGCCCAAAGAUGAUAAUAAAAGGCGCAAAUUUAUACUCCAAUCUCAGCCGUCAGAUCUAGGGCAUAACCCACAUCGCUAGAGUUUUAUAUAUCUUUUUUCUCUCUCCAUUUUAACAAAACCCUACUCCUCUCAACCUCUUACAAAGAAGGAAAAGAAACAGAGACGAGAAGAAAAGGAGGCGGAGAUGGUUCAGCGGCUGACCUACCGGAAGCGGCACAGCUAUGCCACUAAAUCCAACCAGCACCGUAUCGUGAAAACCCCUGGUGGAAAGCUUGUGUAUCAGACCACUAAGAAGAGGGCUAGCGGACCUAAGUGCCCUGUCACUGGCAAGAGGAUCCAAGGGAUUCCUCAUCUCAGACCUGCAGAGUACAAGAGGUCCAGACUUCCUAGAAACCGCAGGACUGUGAACCGUGCUUAUGGAGGAGUAUUGUCUGGAAGUGCUGUGAGGGAAAGGAUCAUCAGAGCUUUCCUUGUGGAAGAACAGAAGAUUGUGAAGAAGGUAUUGAAGAUUCAGAAAGCUAAGGAAAAGGCAGCCACCAAGAGCUAAAUUAAGAAUUAUGUAUUAAUUUUUGACUAGCUCUUGAGUAAUUUUUGUGAUACACUAUGGAGAAAGGAAAUCAUGGAGAAUUGUAUUGUGAGGUUAAUUAGCUGAAGAUAUUUGUGUUUUCAUCCCAAGUGGUUACUUUCAAGUUGUCAAUCGUUAGGAUCUUGUUUUAUCAGUUCCAUGCUGGAAUUUGAAAUACAUUUUGGAUAUUCUUCAUGUUUCCUCUUUUUAUCUUUAUUCUCUGAAUCUUAUUUUGAAAGUACUAUCUUAUGUGGCACUUGAUAUUAUUGUUGUUAAAAUUAGCGUAUUCUGUGGUUUAAAA